UAUUUGCAAAACUCGUACCCGAGCCCAGAUUUGAACUAACGUCUUUAGGGUGAAAAAACAGGUAAAAAAGGGUAAGAGUACCACUAGGGUAAAAAACUGGUUGCCAGAAAGGCAAGUCAAGGCGCCCCGUAUUACAUAUCGUAUAGAGACUGUUCAGGUAUUAGCGCUGCUAUGUCGGCAUAUAAUAUUAUCACUGGAUUCGUCAGUAAAGGAAACAAACUGGGCAACUAUGUUCUUGAACAAGUCAACUAUAGCUACUGCAAGCCGGAUUACCUCGGAAAUUAUCUCAGCAAUUCCUCAAUCUCUCAUGUACAUUUCGGGUAGUCGUGUCACGGAGGUGAAGACUUGGCAGGCCUUUAUCCAUUUUCUGAUUGUUUUGAGUUCUAGCAAUGGCUGGUUUCUUGUUCGGAAUGCUCCUCAGUUGAUGCUCAAUGAUCUAUGCAACAAGAUCUGUCGCUCUUCUCUUGUUUUUCAGAAUUCUUUGUUUCUUGCCUCAAAUGAGCACAAGCCUCUAAUAAGUGGACAGGCACUAAACGCUCUAUUUUCUCUAUUAUUCAAAUCCGUCAAAAACGAUGAGGCUUUAUUGCCACUUUUUACUAGCCACGUACUCACCUGCCCCGCCAUCAUCGUCCAUUUGAAUAAAGCGGUAGUUCAAAGUUUCGCGCUACUCAAAUUACUUUCUGGACUAUUUGAUAUGUGUCUCACAUGUUUGCGUUCUUCACCUGAAUUGAUAGAAUGUAUAGAACCGCAGAAGAGCAUUAAUCUCCUCGGCAACAUCAUUCAUUUGGGCUACCUAGACGAGGAGACAGUAAAAAAACGAAUUGUUGACUGGACCUGGGUUAUAGGACUAGUCAUGGCACAGUGUACAGAAUUCGCAGUUCGUCCAGGAGAGCAAUCCAGUCACAAUCAUUGGCACCCAAUUUUCGGUCACUACAAGCUACCCAUCGACCCUAAGACCGAAAGGUCGUUGCAUAAUGUUUUGCGACAGCUUCAGAUGCUUUGGAGUUACCGCAUAGUGUGCAGACUUUUUGACAAAGCUCUCGAAGGUGUUGGUCAAAACAAAUCAAACGGCCAGAUGAUGGUCAAGGAUUUGGGGACUACCUUCAAUAAGCUCUGGAAGAAGCUGGGUGGUGGAUCAUCCUCUGAGCCUUUACAUUCUAGAGAACUCGAGAAGGAUAUCCCUCCAACGCUUGCCGCUAUUGUUUGUCAGCUAUAUAUGACAGCUUUAUCAACAAUGGCCAACAUGAAGAACGAAAUUAUAGCGGGGAUAUGCCGCGAGGAUCGGAUUCUUCGUCAACUAUGGUCUUAUCUGGUACGAUGGGGUAACCAAGCACGGUAUGUGUCGUCUUCGUCGUCCACACCUUCACCGUUGAAUGCAGCACUGGUAUUAAUGUCCUGCCCUCAGAGCCUACACGCAGCACCACUUAUGUUGUUUGCUGACGCUGCUGCGAUCGUUAUAUCAAUCCUGGAUGAGGAAGAGUUGUACGAACGUGCGCUUCCAUUUACACUUGAAGAGCUAGUGCAUAUUGCCAGAUUCUGUAACUAUUUCUGUUUUCGUGCUGUAUGGACCGGCUGCGUUGAUGAUCGAUCUUCUGACCAUGGAUUGUUUGCAAGUAUUCACCAGCUUUGCAUGGUUCUUCAUGUCCGAGAUAGCCGCAGAACCUUCGUCAAUGAUUCGAAGUUUUGGUUGAGGAUUUCUAGAGAUGUCAAAAGUUCGGUACUAAUGGGAGAGUUCGAGAAGAAAACGACGAGAGGAGUGCUAUUAAUGCGCCGUAUGAGUCACUUGGUCUCACUAAAAGAGAGGAUGCUUCUAUUCAGGAAAUUUGUCAGCGCUGAUAAGGUGUCCUUAGAUGGUCAAUGUUCUUCCGCUACUCUUAUUACGGUGGGACGAAAUCGAUUAGUAGAGGAUGGUUAUCGGCAACUGUCGAUGUUGUCUACAAGAGCUCUUAAAUCUACUAUAAGAGUCAAAUUUGUGAAUCAGCAGGGCCUUGACGAAGCUGGCAUUGAUCAAGAUGGAGUAUUUAAGGAAUUUCUUGAACUUACGAUUAAAAAAGUCUUUGAUCCAGCUCUGAAUUUAUUUCACAGCACGGCUGGUGGAGUGCUAUAUCCAUCAGCCACUUCCAGCGUGCAUGAGGAUCACCUGGCACUAUUCCAGUUCGUUGGCAGAAUCCUUGCCAAGGCGGUUUAUGAGGGAAUCGUUGUGGAUGUACAGCUAGCGCCAGUAUUGCUAGCAGCGAUGCUUGGAGGACGUCGCCUUUGUGCUUUUGACGAACUUUCUCAACUAGAUCCUGAGUUGUAUCGUAAUCUCACAUUUGUUAAGAAAUACGACGGUGAUGUGAGCGACCUUGCACUUACAUUCUCUAUCGACGAGGAUUUCAUGGGAAAGAUAUAUAAUAAGUUAUACCCUUACUGUUCGUACCACUAUAGGAUUGAUUACGUUCAUCGAAUGGCACAUCAUCGCGUGUUUUCACAAACGAAACAGCAAUGCCGAGCUUUUGUGGCAGGUGCACAAUCUGUCUUGAAUCCUGCUUGGCUAUUCCUUUUCGCACCAUAUGAACUCCAGUUCAUUAUCAGCGGUUACACUAGCGACAUUGAUCUUGCUGAUCUAAAGAAACAUGUGCAGUACUACGGUGGAUUCCACGGAAGCCAUCGAUUAAUCAAGUGGUUAUGGGAGAUUGUUGAAAAGGAUUUCACUCCUGAAGAAAGAAGACUAUUUUUAAAGUUCGUCACCAGCUGUUCUCGGCCACCUCUCUUGGGAUUUUCGUAUUUGGAACCUCCUUUCUCAAUACGUUGUGUGGAAGUUUCAGAUGAUCAGGAUCAAGGCGACACACUGGGAAGUGUCGUACGGGGCUUCCUCGCUCUCAAAAAAAGUCAAUCGUCUUCACGCCUUCCAACAGCAUCGACGUGUUUCAACUUACUGAAAUUGCCGAACUACAAUAAGAAGUCGGUGCUGUUGUCGAAGCUUCGUUACGCAAUCCAUUCAGAAACUGGUUUUGAGCUUAGCUGA